ACUCUUUGCCUGCGCUUCUCCGCCUUCGACAAGCAGAUACCUCUCCUUCAAGUAAUGGCUGGCUACUGUGGUCCACAGUUUGCUGUCCCAUCUAUUGCCUCCACCCCAAGAGUUGGGUUUGGAUCUGCAGGGCUCGGCUUGGGAGCUCUUGGCUGUGGAUAUGGAGGUCUUAGCUCUGGAUAUGGAGGUCUUGGCCUUGCACAUGGAGGUCUUGGCCUUGUACAUGGAGGUCUAGGUUAUGGUCUUGGCUAUGGCUAUGGUCCUGCUGUAGCUGAAACUUCUGGGAGUCUCGGGACCCUGGCUGGAGUCAGCCCUUCCUGCAUCAACCAGAUCCCACCUGCAGAAGUCGUGGUCCAGCCACCUCCUACUGUCUUGACCAUCCCAGGACCCAUCCUUUCUGCUACUGGGGAACCAGUUUCUGUGGGAGGCAAUGCUCCAUGUGCCAUUAGUGGUACUGGGGUGGCCGGAGCAGGCUACUAUGGGGGGCUAGGAGGCCUUUAUGGAGGCCUGGGAUCGGGUUCUCGUUUUGGCCUGAGGCAGGGUGGGAUCCUUGGAAACAGGGCUCUGCUGGGACGUCGUGCCAGUAUCUGUUCAUCCCCCUGUUGAACCUGAGGAGAAUGUAUCCAUCGUCAUGGUAAUGAUUAGGAAUGUGAAGACGAGAUCCAACGAUGAGUUCAAAAUGCUAAACUUGAAGAAACAUCACUGAAUUCAAGAACUCCUGCAUGAGAAUUGGACAUCAAUCCCUGCUACCUCUUUGUUUUCUGAACACUACAAGUCUAAGAAGAAUGUUGAUAUUCUUUGUCUUGUUCAUUUCCUGCUUCUUGAUUUUACUUAAUUCCUUUCCCAUUUUCAUUAAAGC